CCUACAAGCGAUGCUGCGCUCACCUGCUUAGUUAGCUCCGCUGAGACCAACGCAACACCUCAAAACUCAUGUCAAUUGUCAAAACUGUACCUGCCCUUGCUCGGGCAGGCGUGGAUAUAAACUUCAGAAGACUGAAUGCCCUUUCUAACCGGAGAGCACAGUCCACUGUCGCCUCAACUCAGGCGGACCAGGAUGUCAACAACAGAGAGGACGCCGGCGCACAGUCCUACUCUUCAAGGAAAAGCAGAAAUGCUUCCUCCUCUCCAAAGAUCUCUAUUGACUUUGAGCAGACACAGGAAGCAUACAAGAGUAAAGACAAUUUAGAACUGCUCAGAAGUUUGGUGGUUUUCAAAUUGUGCUCUUAUGACCUUUUGGUUGAUAAGAAUAAGGAGGUAUGGUGUGCUGAACCUGCAUCAAGUUUGUUUUUGUUUUUUGUUGAGAAGCUCAAGUUGGUGAGACACAUAAACUGCAUUAGAGACACUUUAAUGCAUGUCUCUCUAUAUCCUGCUGAGGUGGUUUCACUUUCUGAUCUGUCUGUCCUUUAGAAGGAUGCUAAAUCAUAAUAUGUCAUUUAGCAGACGCUUUUAUCCAAAGUGACUUACAGUCACGUGUGCAUCGAACCCACUACCCUGGCGUUACAAGCGCCGUGCUCUACCAGUUGAGCUACAGAGGAAUAAUAGAAGAAAGACAACACAGAAGGCCCAAAUGACUUUCUAAAUGCAGGACAAUCUGCAUUUGAUAGAAUAUAGAAUAUAUAAGAAACAGAAUGAAAUCGAAUGAAAUAGAACAGAAUAACUUAAUUUUUCCAGUGAGGGAACUCUUAUUUGACAUGGUAUAAGAAAACAUAAACAUAGUUGUUUAACAUUCAGUUAACCUAAAGGGUGUGCAUACAGGUGCAGUCAGAAAGGAAUCUAUUAUGUCUCUUCCAGUAAUCCUGUCGUCCACCUAGCAUGCUGUGUGCCUAUCACUAGAUAACGUUACCACCAAGCUGUCUAUUUAUAGUGUGGAAUUACUCCCUCUUAUAGAACAUCACUGUGCCUGGCUUGCCUGGCCCUCCUCCUACUGUUUGCUGUCACCUUGAGGUCAUCACCUCAGUGAAAUAUCCACAAACUGCAAAAGAUGGUGUUCAUGACAAAUGCUAUAACAAUGUUAUGUAGCAUUAAUAAAGGAUUUAUUACCAUUAUUACCACACAAUUAUGGGAUUGAUUAAAUCCGUAGCGCUGAAGAUCUAUGGUAAUAGCGUGAUUUAAAUUUAAAGGCAAUAUUUACUUGUUUGCAGGGACUGCAUUCACUGUAAAUACUGCAUAUGUCGGCUCAAUCGAAAAUUGCCUUUACAUUUAAAUCGCGCUAUACCGCAGAUGCUCAGCGCUACAGAUUGAAUCGAGCCCUAAAUGCAUUUCCCUAUUUUUCUUAGCUGAUGGAUAUCAGUAAGUUCCUACUGGGGAAGAAGGCAUUUGAGCAGUUUAUGAAGAUGACAUUCUACGGUCAGUUUGUGGCGGGAGAGGACCACAAGUCCAUCAAGCCUCUGAUUCAAAAGAACAGGGCCUUCGGAGUGGGCUCUGUCCUGGACUACAGUGUAGAGGAGGACCUCACACAGGAGGAUGCAGUGACUAACGAGAUGGAGUAAGUAAAUUGCUUAUUACUCUAAAAUUGCUGUUCCUGACCUAUAUCAAAUGAGAUUCCCCAACUGAAUAGGAAAGGAAUAUGGGUGGUUGUUUGAUGUAUGCAUUUCCUGCCAUCAGUUAGGUUUCGAUAAGGAUUAGGGAACAUAGAAAGUACUGCAUCUGUGUGUUAUUUACUUAUGAAAGCACACAAGCAUUGUUUUAAGCAAAACAAGUUCUAUUUUUCACACAUACAGAUUUAGUUGCCCAAACUAAUGUAAUUUCCUUAUUUUUGAUCAAAUCAAAGGCAUCCAAAUCUAACCAGAGUGAACGACCAUAAGUAUGAUUUCCCCCUCGUUUGAAAGCAGGGACAUGCUAUAAUUUGAUAUCCCUCUUAGGAUGUAAACACUAGUCUGUCCAGACCCCAUUGGUCAGUUUGGUCAAGGCCCUCCUCGUUGGAUUGGCUGGCCUCUCGGAACUCACUCUUCAGGAAUUCUGUCACAUGAGUUGAUCCCAGCUCUGAUAUAAGCCUGUAUGACAGGCCAGGAAAAACUUACACAACCGUUCUCUCUGAGUGAUGUGUGUGAGAUAAUGGCACAAUGCACUCACACUGUAAGUUAGUUAUGCUAAGGAAUUUUGUUUUUCUUCUUAACUCACUUUUCUGGCCCCUCUUUGAAGGACAACUAAUUUUGAGGUUAUACACCUACAAAUAAGUAAAUAAGACAUUUUGUCAACAUUUAGUCCAGUGAGAGAGAGAGAUAACGGUUUAUUUCACUUUUGUUUAUUAUCUAUUUCACUUGCUUUGGCAAUGUAAACAUAUGUUUCCCAUGCCAAUAAAGCCCCUUAAAUUGAAAUUGAAUUGAAUUGAGAGGGAGAGAGAGAGAGAGAGCGAGAGAGGAACAUACUGUCAAAGGACUGAGUCUCUCUCUCUCUCUCUCUCUCUCUCUCUCUCUCUCUCUCUCUCUCUCUCUCUCUCUCUCUCUCUCUCUCUCUCUCUCUCUCUCUCUCUCUCUCUCUCUCUCUCUCUCUCUCUCUCUCUCUCACUCACUCACUCGGAAGGAAGUUACUCCGGUCAGGUACAUUUUACAAUCAGCAGUCGAUCAGCUCUGUUGACUCAGAAUAUAUCUCUGUUGACUCAGAUAUCUUGUUUAAUAUGCAAACACUCCCAAUACACAUACCGUCACCUUAGUGCUCUGCUUAAUUUUCUGCUUUGUCUGGAAGUCUCAGUCAGGCCUCUCUGUUGGUCAAAAAACAGACCUGCAAGGCAUACGCUAGGGAGAAGUAGCUAGUCUACUUUGAUGCAAGACGACUGCUAUAGUAACGUUAACUCACCAGCUAGAGUAGGACACAAACAACAGGGAUGCUUGGCCAUCCAGGAAAAUAAAAUAGAAAAUAAUAGAUUUUUCACAAGCUCAUACAUGUACACACAAAUAUGCAAACCAACAAACAAACCAUCACCCAGACAUUUACAGUUCCAUCCCAAGCAUGUUGUAAAACGUCUGGCACUUAUAGUCCAGACACGCAUCAUAGCUUUCAACUUCCUUCUAUUUAAACACACUGACAGUGACGUCCAAAUACCCACCAAGGUUAGCACCAAUAACCACCAAAAUACCCAAUAUAGUGUCCUGUGAUGCAAGUCAGCCCAUGUGUCCUUUGAUCUGUGAUGGUAUAGUGUGUCUGGUUGCCCUUUCAGGAAGGUCAAGACAUUGGCAGGGAGACAGCUCAGCUUCAGUCAAUCUGGGGCCACCUGUGGGUAGAUGUGUGCUUUAUCCACUGGCUUGUGCCUCAAGGGCAAUAUGGUACAUGGAAUGGUGUUUAUUUAUAGAAGUGGAACGGGGCUUGAUGUGCCAAGCGGUCACCAAGGAAUUGAACGUGUGUGUGUUUGUGUGUGUGUGUGUGUGUGCGUGCGUGUGCGUGCAUGCAUGUGUGUGGAGAGAGAGCUCUUUUAUAAUACUUUGUGUCCAAAACAUUAUAAUACUAAACUUUGUGUCCACAACCAAUUAAUCAAUUCUCCUCUCUUUUCUUUUCUCAUUGUCAGCUCAUGUGUGUCCGCUGCAGAGAAAGAAAGCAUGGGUAAGUCCGUCCUUGGGUUGUUUUGCUCCCAUUUGAGCCCUAACUAUAUGAUGCAACUGGUUGCAAUAGGGAGGGAUGCUGAUGUGUUUACUGCCCCCUGCAGGCCACAGAGAAAAGAAGUACAAGGCUCACCAACAGUUCGGGGACCGCCGAGGGGGAGUGACCGGUGCCAGGACAUACUUCUACACUGAUGAGGCCAAAUGUGACCAACACAUGGAGACCUUCCUAAAGUGUAUCAAAGCAUCUGGUACGCCUGUGGAUAUAAAGAAUACGAAGGCUGGGUGGUUGGGAUGGAGUUUUUUAUUAAAUGACUCUCUGUGGAGAAUAAUAGCAAUUACCAUAUACCAAUUUGUAGUUUCUUGGCAUCAUGACACUCAGUAAUGGACACUCAUGAACGCGAGACCGUAAUUAUUACUUAGCAAAAUAUCCCGCUAUGUAACCCUACUGUUUAGACAACAUAAUGCAAAAUGCAUCAGCUUCCCAUUUCCAUGAAUUUAUAUAUUGCUGUUUUUGAUUGAUAUUACUGUGGCUUACACUGAGCAGCUAUCAAUAUUCAUCCAGGUGGGAGCUCAGUGGAUGGCUUCUCUGCCAUCAAGAUGACUGCACUGGGACGACCUCAGUUCCUGGUAAGUAAGGGGGUACUCACCUCAUUCAACAUCAAUGUGUAGCACACACUUAGCUGAUACUUGACUCUCUGGUAAAGCGCUAUAAUGCUUGGUUUUGCUCUCUACCUCUAUAGCUCCAGUUCUCGGAGGUGCUGGUGAAAUGGAGGCGUUUCUUCAGCUUCCUGGCAGCACAGCAGGGGAGAGAUGGCAUGGAGGCUCUGGAGCAGAGGCUAGAGCUGCAACCACUACAGGUAUACAGAACACACAGGGUUGGGCAGUAAUGGAUACCAAAAAAAAGUACCUGUAAUCCAUUAGGUUACCAGCAAAAAUAUUGUAAUCAGAUUACAGAUACUUCUGAAAAACUAGAUGAUUACUUAUUGGAUUACUUUUAAAAUCAGAUUUUUUUUUGUGCCCAAAACCUAUUUGACACCCUGCUGUUUUCUCAAUUACAUUCAAAUCGGCAUUGAAAAAAGGCGCAUGUUUAUAUUCGUUCGGUGUGAGCGAGUCUGAACACAAGUCAAAGACCAGUAUGAUGACACACCAAAUACGUUUGAUGGAUCGCAGGAAAAUAGUAUGAAUAGGCUUUUGUAGGCUACAGUCCAAGCUAUGUCUUCCAAUGGCGCGACUGCUGUCGGUAUCCAAAGAUUAUCCAACUUGAAUACACGCUUGGAGUUAAGGACAACAGCAGUGGUGGAUAUCACUUAUUAUUGAUAUCUACAUAGCACAUUGAUGUGAAUCACACUGUUGCUCUCUCAUUUAGCUAGUUGUAUUUGUUAUGGAUUCCCAUUAGCUGCUGCCAAGGCAGCAUCUACUCUUCCUGGGGUCUAGCAAAAUGAAGUCAAUUGUAUACAAUUAAAAACAUGACAUUACAUUUUACAACAGGUUUCACAACACAUUAAGUGUGUACCCUCAGGCCACUACUCUACUAUCAAAAACUAGUUUAAUUUAAGUGGGGCUUUUAUUGCUCAAUCUAAUUCGUGCUGAUUAAAAAAAAAAUCCAUAGGCCUAACGGACAGAUGCUCAAACUCGCACACUUUUGAUGGAAUUAUCCCAAACAGCUGCAAAUUAUUGAGAUAUCAAAGCGUCACCAACAAAAACGCAAACAAUAGGCCUAUAGCAAAUGCAGCAUAUGGCAUUCAUUUGUCACAUGCAAAUUGCACUUUUCAGUAGUGCUCAAAGCAUGCCAUUCCAUGAGAGCAGCAUUAAUUUUUUUACUCGAAGCAAUGACCCCAAUCAGUCCUCCAUGACAACGAAACAUAAAUAACAGAGUAGGUUAAUAAGUCCUUCGUUUUUGGGUUAUGUUCAGGUAAAACAUUUUGGCUAAUCUAUAUUUCCAAGUCUUGAAUAUCAAGGGGUAUUCAUUAAUUGGAAUGACAGGAAAUCUGACAGACUUUGUUUUUAAAUGUAAAGAUAUAGCCUAAUCGUAUUAUCUAUAGUAGAAAGCAAUGGGUCAGAAGAAGCCUACAUAACCAACCCAUAAAGUAAAAUGCAACAUCCAUUUAUGGCCAGCUAUGUAAACUCUAAAAUGUAUUUACCCUGCAAUAGAUGUCUUUCAAUUGGUAAUAUACAUUUUUGUCUUCUUCUAGUGGCUAUUAAGGGGAAAGUAAUCAAAAAGUAACUGAAAGUAAACAGAUUACGUUACUGAGUUUGGGAAAUCCAAAAGUUAUGAUUCUGAUUACAAUUUUGGGAAGGUAACUAGUAACCGUAACGGAUUAGUUUUAGAAAGUAACUUACCCAACCCUGAGAACACAGUUGCUGUUCUUUAGGGUUUAUAUGGACUUGUUUUUAGGUGAUCACCCCUUGUUUGACCUGUUUGAUCCAUUGAGAUAACAACGUCUUACUACAUAUAUGGUCAAAUGUGACAUAAAUGCCUAUUUGUCCAUACAGGAGUUUAUGACCAAGCUGGGGGCCACAGGUGACUUCCAUGGCUGGUUCACUGGAGAGAAACAAGGAUCAGGGUAAAAAUAAUACUGUAUUAUGUCAUAUCAAGCAGUAAUUUUCCUUGCAUACUUUGUUGAAAAAGCCCCUCAUAACAACUAUAUUUGCCUUACUAAAAGUGGUAUUUCUCUGUGCCCCACCAGAACCAUUGACAGGCUGGACUGGAAUUGCCUGAUCGACGACAGAAUAAAGAUAUCAGAUCUACUGGUUGUCCCAAAUUUAAAGGUAAGCAAGACACGGCAAAGGCAAUGAAAGUACUCCAGAAGAUAAGCACCAUAUGGAUUUGUUUCAUACUUAAGUGGUCUGUAAACACCUCCAAACCCUGUGGUGGACUUUCAAUUGUUUGAGUAAAUAAGUUGAUAAGAUUGACCAUUCAGUUUAGAGUUGAUCCCAGAAUGGUGAAUUCAUGUUUGAAAGGAUUUACACCUCUUGUGACUCACUGGGCCUGAAAUGAUUUGAAUUGGCACGCCAUUCCCUAUGUAAGCUUUAACACAUGACAGCUGAGCAAUUCCAGGGAAUAACCGCACACCUCAGCAGUGUGAGAAGGCACGAGGCCAUGUGUUAAUGCUUACUUAUCUUAGCUUAGACAAAGCCAGUCUGUUGAAGGUAAAGGCCCUCGGGUCUCUGUGUGUGUGAUCUAUUUAUCUCCGGUGUUAGCUCAGACAGUGUAAUUUAUUGAGCCUCAGGUAAAGGUAUUUUAGGCUGUCCUUUGUUUGUUUGUCCAGACUGGUCAGCUGGAGCCCCUGCUCAAUAAGUUCACAGAGGAGGAGGAGAAACAGAUGAAGAGGAUGCUCCAGAGGCUGGAUGUACUUGCCAAGGUAAACACAGGGAGGUCAAAAUGCUAUCUGAAACCAAGCCAUGUUUAUGUUAUCUUCAGCAAUGUUAUGCUAUGUCACGUUACAUCAUACCGAUCACUGCACCUGUACACAGCCCAUCUGUAAUUAGCCCACCCAACUACCUCAUCCCCAUAUUGUUAUUUACAUUGUUAUUUAUUUUGCUCAUUUGCACCCCAGUAUCUCUAUUUGCACAUCAUCUUCUGCACAUCUAUCACUCCAGUGUUAAUACUAAAUUGUAAUUAUUUUGCACUAUGGCCUACAGUGGGGAGAACAAGUAUUUGAUACACUGCCGAUUUUGCAGGUUUUCCUACUUACAAAGCAUGUAGAGGUCUGUCAUUUUUAUCAUAGGUACACUUCAACUGUGAGAGACGGAAUCUAAAACAAAAAUCCAGAAAAUCACAUUGUAUGAUUUUUAAGUAAUGAAUUUGCGUUUUAUUGCAUGACAUAAGUAUUUGAUACAUCAGAAAAGCAGAACUUAAUAUUUGGUACAGAAACCUUUGUUUACAAUUACAGAGAUCAUACGUUUCCUGUAGGUCUUGACCAGGUUUGCACACACUGCAGCAGGGAUUUUGGCCCACUCCUCCAUACAGACCUUCUCCAGAUUCUUCAGGUUUUGGGGCUGUCGCUGGGCAAUACGGACUUUCAGCUCCCUCCAAAGAUUUUCUAUUGGGUUCAGGUCUGGAGACUGGCUAGGCCACUCCAGGACCUUGAGAUGCUUCUUACGGAGCCACUCCUUAGUUGCCCUGGCUGUGUGUUUUGGGUCGUUGUCAUGCUGGAAGACCCAGCCACGACCCAUCUUCAAUGCUCUUACUGAGGGAAGUAGGUUGUUGGCCAAGAUCUCGCGAUACAUGGCCCCAUCCAUCCUCCCCUCAAUACGGUGCAGUCGUCCUGUCCCCUUUGCAGAAAAGCAUCCCCAAAGAAUGAUGUUUCCACCUCCAUGCUUCACAGUUGGGAUGGUGUUCUUGGGGUUGUACUCAUCCUUCUUCUUCCUCCAAACACGGCGAGUGGAGUUUAGACCAAAAAGCUCUAUUUUUGUCUCAUCAGACCACAUGACCUUCUUCCAUUCCUCCUCUGGAUCAUCCAGAUGGUCAUUGGCAAACAUCAGACGGGCCUGGACAUGCGCUGGCUUGAGCAGGGGGACCUUGCGUGCGCUGCAGGAUUUUAAUCCAUGACGGCGUAGUGUGUUACUAAUGGUUUUCUUUGAGACUGUGGUCCCAGCUCUCUUCAAGUCAUUGACCAGGUCCUGCCGUGUAGUUCUGGGCUGAUCCCUCACCUUCCUCAUGAUCAUUGAUGCCCCACGAGGUGAGAUCUUGCAUGGAGCCCCAGACCGAGGGUGAUUGACCGUCAUCUUGAACUUCUUCCAUUUUCUAAUAAUUGCGCCAACAGUUGUUGCCUUCUCACCAAGCUGCUUGCCUAUUGUCCUGUAGCCCAUCCCAGCAUUGUGCAGGUCUACAAUUUUAUCCCUGAUGUCCUUACACAGCUCUCUGGUCUUGGCCAUUGUGGAGAGGUUGGAGUCUGUUUGAUUGAGUGUGUGGACAGGUGUCUUUUAUACAGGUAACGAGUUCAAACAGGUGCAGUUAAUACAGGUAAUGAGUGGAGAACAGGAGGGCUUCUUAAAGAAAAACUAACAGGUCUGUGAGAGCCGGAAUUCUUACUGUUUGGUAGGUGAUCAAAUACUUAUGUCAUGCAAUAAAAUGCAAAUGAAUUACUUAAAAAUCAUACAAUGUGAUUUUCUGGAUUUUUGUUUUAGAUUCCGUCUCUCACAGUUGAAGUGUACCUAUGAUAAAAAUUACAGACCUCUAUAAGCUUUGUAAGUAGGAAAACCUGCAAAAUCGGCAGUGUAUCAAAUACUUGUUCUCCCCACUGUAUGUAUUGCCUUACCUCCAUAACUUACUAAGUUUGCACACACUGUAUAUAGAUGUUCUAUUGUGUUAUUGACGGUAUGUUUUGUUUUUGUUUAUUCCAUAUGUAACUGUUGUUUUUAUCGCACUGCUUUGCUUUAUCUUGGCCAGGUCACAGUUGUAAAUGAGAACUUGUUCUCAACUGGCUUACCUGGUUAAAUAAAGGUUAAAUAAAAAAUUAAUAAAAAAAUGCCACGUCAUCUUAUCAUCUCAUAAUUAGCUACUACUUUAGUUUCCUUGGUUUAUUGAGAAAAGCUCUGAGCUCAUGUGUGGAUUGAAGUGGAACUCACCUGUUCUGGCUGUCUGUGUUGCAGCAUGCAGAGGAGCACAGUGUUCGUCUAAUGGUGGAUGCAGAGCAGACCUACUUCCAGCCCGCCAUCAGCACACUGACUGUGGAGAUGCAGAGGAUCUACAAUAGAGGGAAACCUGUCAUCUUCAACACCUACCAGUGCUACCUCAAGGUUAGAGAACCAUUCGUCUCUCGUUGCCUUCCUUCCAAGUCUUGUUUGUCACGUCACAAGGAAGUUGAAGCCUGGGAGCUGAGGCUACUAGAGACCCUUUUACACAACACGUGCAUUCAGAUAGAGAGGAGACAUCCUGUCACUGAGUUUCUAUGCUCAUACUGUAUGUAGUCAUGUCUUACCUGCAACUCUCUGAAACACUUCAUUUGAAGGUUUUCUUAUAAACAGCUUAUAUGCCAUUAUUAUCCAGAUGACCGGUGUCCCUAAUAUCCCUCCUUUACUUCCUCCCUCUCACUCUCUCUUCCAUUGUAGGAGGCCUAUGAUAUCAUGACCAUGGAUGUUGAGUUGUCGAGGCGUGAGGGAUGGUUCUUUGGGGCCAAGCUGGUGCGUGGGGCCUAUAUGUACCAGGAGAGGAGCAGAGCGGAGGAGAUUGGAUACGAGGACCCCAUCAACCCUGACUAUGAGACCACUAACAUGAUGUACCACAGGUAAGGGAUGGAUGUGCGUAUUUAGUUACUCACGGUGCUUAAAUACAUACUUAAUACAUUCUUCAAUUUGUAUUUAAUAGCAAUUGUUUUUAAGAACCUGUUAAGGUGCUGAAUGGCCUAUAAACUAAACUCUCUAGCUCUGACUUGACCAAAGGUAAAGCACUAUGGGGAAUUGGGUGCCAUUUCAGACACAGCUGUGUAACAUUGUUUCACACAGAGAGCACCAUGGUUUGCAUUUGUUUAUUUUAGUAAUUUAGCAAACACUCUUAUUCAGAGUGACUUACAGGAGCAACUAGGGUUAAGUGCCUUGCUCAGGGGCACAUCGACCAAUUUUUCACCUGGUCGGCUCAGUGAUUCAAACUAGCGACCUUUCGGUUACUGGCCCAACGCUAUUAACCGCUAGGCUACCUGCCGUUUACUUAACAUGUCUGUCAUGUCUGUACUUUGUAAGGUGUCUAGACUACGUCCUGGAUGAGAUUGGACUGAACAGAAAUGCCAAUGUCAUGGUUGCUUCUCACAACGAGGACACAGUGAAGCACACCAUCAGGAGGCAAGUCUCAUCACUGCACUGCAUGGCCUUGGCUUGACACAGACACACUGAGGAUGGCUCUCUGCCUAGUUUUCCUGCUCAAACUCUAACACAUGUGGUUAUUGCAUUUCUAUCGAGCUUUUCUCAUGCUCAAAGCACAUACUAUGUAUGUGGAAAGCUAACGGGUCCCUUUCACCACUAGAGCUAGCUCGAGCUGUUUGCACAUGCAGUAACAAAAUGUGUCCAAAGGAAGUCUCUAUGCCCAGGUACCUCAUCUCUCAGUUUCAUGGACAUCACUGUCAUAUACCAUACAAAGAUAACUGUUAUACUUUUCCUCUUGUUGACACAGGAUGAAUGACUUGGGCCUGACUCCCACGGAGAACAAGGUGUACUUCGGACAGCUGCUGGGCAUGUGUGACCAAAUCAGCUUCCCAUUGGGUGAGACUGACUGACUGAUUGAUUGGUUAAUUGAUUGAUUGGUUAGCUUCCCAAUAGUCCAAGUUUGCACUUGCCAUGCCUAAAGGACAGAUUAUUGGGACGCAGGGACAAACGGAGCUCUCUGACCUCACAGAGCACUGCUGAUUUGAUGGCCUAUUGGCCCUGUUUGGAUUCCAUAGGAUUAGUAUUGGCCAUUUCCCAAUAGCAGUCAGUUAUUUGUGUUGACACAUGGAACCUCUUUACCAUUCAAUGUGUACAUAUGGAGUUACACGUGGCAGUCAGAUUAUGUUCUGGGACUUGCACUGAUACAAAUUGGCCAUGACUGUUGUUGGCUCACAGCACUAGUUUGUCAAUCAAAUACAUUAUAUUGGACUAAAUCUUGGUGAUCAACUGAGGUGCUGGGGAGCCACAGGAUGUGCAGGCUUUUGCUCUAGCCUAGCAAAAAUACAACCUGUUCAACUUUGUGUGGUCUAAAAUUUAAGUGCACGAUUAGUUGAGUAGAUUCCCAACUCACUAAUUCCAUUACACUAGCCAAGUAUAAUAUUUAUUUGGUUUGUACUGAAAAUCUGCCCCAAUAAAUUUAAUUCUCUACCCCUCUGUCUCUCUCCACCAGGCCAGGCAGGUUUCCCUGUCUAUAAGUAUGUUCCAUACGGGCCGGUGAACGAGGUGAUACCGUACCUAUCCCGUCGUGCCCAGGAGAACAGGGGCUUCAUGAAGGGUUCCCAGAGGGAGAGGGAGCUGCUGUGGAAGGAGCUGAAACGCAGGCUGGCCUCUGGACAGGUCUUCUACAGACCUCAGCCUGAGCCGGCACUAUGA